CAAUAAUAUCACUUAUCUUCUGUGUAAAAGGAAGUUAAGUGACAACAAUUUCCACGUUAGCGUGUUUGUUGUUAUUUGGACGUUUAUUAUUAACACCAUGGAACUCAAACUCGUUUAACUGCACAGCGUCACAUACUUACCUCAGGUAGUCUUUAAUUCACGUUGGAGACAGUACUUGGUCGAUAUGUUCUUUUUCUAGGUAACGCUAGCGGGCUAACUUAGUAGUUAACGUUAGCUAACAUGGCUAACUGUGUGGUUUUUCACACUCAAAUAGCCUCCAUUAUGGAGGUUUUAGCGAAUGCAGCCGUGGCAGAGAUCUGUAAACUCGUAGACGACGACUAUGCAGUGUUUCGUUUGGAAAUGUCUCAAAGCCAAAAAGAAAACAGGGGAUUGCGGAGGAAACUACAGCUGCUGGAACUGAAGCGUCGUCCCAGUAGUGUCAAGAUCCUCGAUCGAUACAGAGGAAUAGUAAGAGGUGAAGGACAUCUCACUGGAGGCCACAGGAGCUUUGUGAAGCCAGUUGAGCACAAUACAUGGAGAGAUGACCAACCAAUCACUGUUGAUGAGGGGAGUGGAACCUCAACCCAGCACGUUAUCGUUAUAGAGGCUGCAGAUGCAGAGGCUAGAGGUCCUGGGGUCAAGCAGGAGACGUAUGAAGGAGUGGAGGACCCAGGGCACAGCAGAGACAUCCAGACAGUAGAAACCACUGGAGUAGCGCCCCCUGUAGCCACGGAGGACCUACACACCGCUGCCGCGCCCAAGCCUAGGACAAGACGCAGCAUCAUGGAGGAGGAGGAGGGUCCAGAGGUGUUGCUGUUGAAGGAGGAGGGGUGUGAGGAGGGUCUGGGAAACCCUGAGGAGACCAUGGUCAUGGAGGACAACCAGACUACACCUCCUCCGGGACCCACAGAGGAACCAGCUGAGCAGCACAGGACCACACACAGUCUCACUGAGUCAGUAGACAUGGAGGAUGGGAAGCCUGAUCUGCUGCUGGUCAAAGAGGAGACCAUAGAAGACGGACCAGAGAGCAUUGAUCUGCUGAGUGGACUAAAGAUGGGAGAGCAAGGUGGUUGGCUGGAGGCUAACAGAGGAGACUGGAUGGCCAUCUUGGAUUCCCAGACUCAGAUGGGUGCAGCCAAGGACCCAGGGGACAACAUCACUGAGCAGGCCAGGAACAGAGACAACAUAGUGGAGGUCAGUGGAUUGGACAACGUCCUCAACACUGUUAAUCACAACCAAAAACAGGCAGUCAAACACAAAACAACAUCCGGACUUAGUCUCCAUGACAACAGACUGGCUGAGACCAGGGUGAGGCAUAGAUUUGGUCUGCGGGUACAGGAAGGUGUCCGUAUGCGGCAGGAGAGAACAGACACCAGCUCGGCUAGCGAUGCUCCGUCCUGCUCCUAUAGUUGUGAUUCAGAGAGACUGAUGGCGCCUCAGGUUAACCACCUAACAGGUGCUGCCUUCAGCCUGCCUUCUAUAGGAUCUAUCAACUGGAACAUGGACCCUGCAACAACACAGACACUCCCUGGCCUUCAUCCUCCUCACACUCUCCUAAUGUUAAACCAGACCUCUGCCAGUGCCUCAACAAGUCCAUUGACAAAUGACAGUAGUAGUAACUCUAUCAGUAGAUCUGGUGGCAAAGAGAAGCGCUUCCCGUGUACGUUCUGUGGGAAAGCCUUCAGUUUCCCCAAACAGGUGGAGAUCCACCAGAGGAUUCACACUGGAGAGAAACCGUUCGGCUGCCACCAGUGCCGGGCCAGUUUUUCACAUUUGUCCAGCCUGAAGAGGCACCAGAGGGUCCACACGGGGGAGAAACCAUUCGGCUGCCACAUGUGCCGGGCCAGUUUUUCACACUCGUCCAACCUGAAGAGACACCAGAGAGUCCACAGAGGGGAGAAAUCCUACAGCUUCCCCAGUGUGAGAAGAGGUUCUCCCACCAGCACCAGCUGAAGAUGCACAAGAGAGAGAGGGCAUUCACCUGUACGCACUGUGGGAAGAGGUUCUCAGAGAGAAGGUACUUCAGGAUACACCAGCAGAAUGCCGGCGGUCACGAGUCAUUACAGCAGUCAAAUUCCAUGUGACCAUUUUGUUAUGGUAAUUAGGCUUCUGAUCAUUAGUAGCCUACCAAACUUGCUUAACUGCCUGGUGCUCAGCAUUCGAUUGUCCCUCUUAUCACUCUGACAGCAAUGCAAAUGCCAUUGAAAAUCUAAUCAAACACUUCAUGAGCUUAUGUUGCGCAACUUUUCUAUAGGCUAUGCAAUUGCAUGAGAGAGUGAUGGCCUCUAUUAAAAAGAGGAUCCCAUCAGCUGUCUAUAGGCUAGGCCUACUAUAUUUAUUUCUCAACUUUCCUAAUAUUAAGCACAUUGCUUCUCUUUACAACAGGAGUAUAGCCUACCUGGCUGGCAUGAAAAUGAACCAUGGGAAAAGCAUCCACCAUUAGCAUUUUUUUUCCUCCUGCCCCUGUUUCAAGACAGGUACAUGAUAAUGGUCCAGUCCAAAUCAAACCUCAUUUCACACACAUUAUUUAGCAUAUGUAAAGACAAGAUUAAAUCAAGAAUAGUUUGAGGUUUGAUUCACAGCUAAAGUGGCCAAAUAACUUCUUAAAAUUAAGCAUAUUAAUUUGCGUUACAAGGGGUGUAGAGCCUAACUGGCAUACAUACACAGCGCGUGGGUGUCAAGAUUCUAAAAUGCACCUUUAAUAAAAGCAUUACAUGCAUAAUCGCAUUUGCGAUGAGAAUGUUUUCCCGCUAAUGGAGUAUUCACACUUAGCCAACUGCUGUGUGAGCAUUUUUGCGCUUAUAAUGUUUAGAAAAAGCCUUAGUUCAUCAACAUUUUAAGCUAAACGUUCUGAUCUUUUUUGUCAGCCUCAUUGCUUAAAAAAAAUACAUAUUACACUAGUAGUUGUAUUAUUUUGGGAUCUAUCGCAUCCCACAACUGUCCCAGACUGUUUGGAAUAUUUAUUUUUCGCAGAAUAGAAUGGGUCAACUUUUGUACUAUGGGGGAAUAGUAGAUUUACAUAGGCCAGUGCUUUUGCUGUUCGUUAGGCCUACUCAUCUUGUUGGCUGACAAAGUAAAUGUAGACAGUUCUUUCAAUAUGUGCCUCGGAAUUGAAUAAGGACAUGCACAGUUGCGUCCCCGACGUGUCGGUCUUCACUUGUAGCCUGUGAGAAAGACCCGAUCACGUGACGGAGAGCCGCUUCAGAGCACCCAGCCAGGAGAAGGGAAUUAUAUACAGCCCAAGGGCACAAUGGCCACUGGCUGAAGGCAUGUUUUUUUUCAGGAGGCAUUACAGCCACACAAAGGGUAUGCCCCCGGGAAAUUCGAGGCAUUGUCAAGUGCUUGCCAAAUUGUAAUUGAGAGGCAGCUGAAAUCUGUAUAGCCUACACACAAAAAAUUGAAGCAGAUCUCAUGCCUUUCAUGCACAUUUCUUGCAGCCUUACAAUGUAUUAAAAAUCCUAACAUAGCUAAAAUGUUUUCAUCACAUUUACAUAAAUAACUAAAUUAAGCAUAUGAGUACCCGUUUCUUUAGGUUGAUACUGGUGUUUUAUAGUGAGAUAAUGAUAAUGCCUUAAUUUACUUGACAAAGUAGUGAAGAUUUUCCAAAGUAUUCUAAAAUUCAUUUUAUCCAAGCGAGGGUACCAGAUUAUAGAAAAGGUAGGGUUUAGUGAGAAAGUAAUUCCUCUUACAUUUGUCAUUUUGCAGACACUCAUCCAGAGUUACUUACAGUUUGUGCAUUCAUCUUAAAUGGCUGCAUUGGGCCUUUAUCUCAAUAUCAAGUACCUUAGUGUUGGCUUGGGUGGUAUACUGGGGCAUUUGGAAAUGGGCACGGGAUGUUUUUUUGAAACUAUUUUACAUUUAAUACAUUUGAAUAUCAUUUUAUGUAAUUAAAGUACUGUACUUCACAUUGA